AUGUUGCAACUUUUAUUAUCAUUCACGUGUAUUGCUCUCGGAGUCGGAAUGUCUAUAGUGAAUCCGGGACCGAAAUUUCCACCAACCAAGGGAGAAGUUUGGCCUAAACCCCAGGAAGAAACAAAGGAAGCGGCCUAUCUUACAUUUAACCCUUCGCAUUUUACUGUUAAGCUACUUGGCGAGAACUGCACGAUCCUAGCCAACGCAAUACAGCGCUACUCGUACAUAAUCAAGAACAAGAGCGGCCUACACCGCCAACGGCCCCACGAGCGGCGUAAGCGCAGGAAUGGUGCGCACAGACAUGACGAAAACUACGAAGGCGCUGUUGAGGAGUUGCAGAUCGAUCUCACCGCACCCUGCGAGGACUACCCACACUUCGAAAUGAAUGAAGAAUACAAGCUGAACGUUUCAACAAUAUCGGCACUCAGCAGUCCGUCAAUUUGGGGAAUAGUGCGAGGUCUGGAGACGUUCUCACAACUUUUUUACCUCUCCGAUGAUCGAAAUGAACUUCGCGUGAACAAGACGAGAAUAAACGACUUCCCCCAAUAUUCGCACCGUGGUCUUUUGCUCGACACUUCGCGCCAUUAUAUUUCUGUAUCCAACAUCCUGAAGACCCUGGAUGCGAUGGCGUAUAAUAAGAUGAACGUGUUUCACUGGCAUAUUGUGGACGACCAGAGCUUCCCGUAUCAGAGUGAACGGUUUCCUGAGUUGAGUCAGCAAGGCGCUUACGACUCUUCGAUGGUGUAUACCAAAGAAGACAUCCAGCGAGUGAUUGAGUACGCCCGAGACCGUGGGAUCCGCGUUAUCCCCGAGUUUGAUGUUCCUGGACACACCCGUUCCUGGGGAAACGCAUACCCGAGCGUACUAACAGAGUGCUACAGACAGGAUAAAGUGGUGGGUCUUGGUCCCAUGGAUCCCACGAAGAACAUUACUUACAAGCUCUUGCGGGACUUAUUCCAAGAGGUGCAGACGUGGUUCCCAGAGAAAUACUUCCACAUUGGUGGCGAUGAGGUCGAGCUGGAUUGCUGGCGCUCGAAUCCAGAGCUCCGCGAGUACAUGGACAAGCACAACCUGACGGUUCCAGAACUUCACGCACUCUUCAUGCAAAACGCAAUUCCUCUUCUCGCUAACGACUCUGAGGUGGUCGUCUGGCAGGAAGUUUUUGACGAGAGAGUGCCGCUAUCAAAGGAUACGUUGAUCCAAGUUUGGAAGGGAAGUUGGAUAAGCGAAAUGGUCACGGUUUUGACAGCUGGACACCGGCUGAUCUUCUCGUCAACUUGGUAUCUGGACGCGUUGGGCAGCAAUUGGCCGGACUAUUACUGGGCAGACCCACGUCAGAUGGUCUAUGACGUCACCUCUAAUAGGACCCUACUCAACGGGGUCGUCGGAGGCGAAGCCUGCAUGUGGGGCGAGAUGGUGGAUGACAGGAACGUUCAGAGCAGGGUUUGGCCAAGAGCUAGCGCAGUAGCAGAGCGCCUGUGGAGUGCCAAUACUCUUGGUAGACGCUCCUUCUUUGACACCUUACCCUCUGAAGUGUAUCAUCGCAUGGAGGAGCACACCUGCCGCAUGAUUCGGCGAGGAGUCGAUGCGCAACCCCCCACUGGACCCGGUUUCUGCAUUCCUUAG